AUUAACGUCAUAAUUUACGUCUUGAGCCGCGCAUGGUGAAUGGGUUUUCUCGCUCAAUAAAUUAUUUGUUUCUACAAAGGGUCUCGAAUUGACCAGAUUUUGCUUCUAAUAUCAAAUUAAAGCUUUUAUCACGAAGUUCUUCAGACUUUUUGCGACAAUGGUGCAGAAAGGGCCUCGUCCUUUGGUGCUGUGUGGUCCUUCAGGGUCAGGCAAGAGUACAUUACUGAAACGUCUGCUCAAGGAGUUUCCAGAUAAGUUUGGAUUUAGUGUGUCACACACAACGAGAAACCCACGACCGGGUGAGAAAGAUGGAGUUCACUAUCACUUCACUAACAAAAAUGACAUGAUUGCUGCGGUGGAAAGGGGCGAGUUUAUUGAGACCGCGACUUUCAGCGGGAAUAUGUAUGGGACAAGCAAACGAGCUGUUGAUGACGUUCGCCGCACCGGCAAGAUUUGCGUGCUGGACAUCGAAAUUGAGGGUGUGAAGCAGGUCAAGCAAACAGAUCUCGAUCCACUGCUAGUGUUCGUGAUGCCGCCUUCAAUUGAGGAGCUGGAAAGACGUUUACGAGCUCGUAACACUGAAAAUGAGGAAACAUUGAGGAAACGCUUGGAUACUGCUAUCAGAGAAAUUGAAUUUGGCAAGCUACCAAACAAUUUUCACAUCAUAAUAAUGAAUGACAAUUUGGACAAGGCAUAUUCAGAUCUGCGCGAGUUUAUUGCCCAGAAUACUCAGGACAAAGAAGAAGAAUCCGUGGAUGAAGCAAAUGACCCCAAGGACAAUUAAAUACCACAGCAAGAAAAUUCCUGUAGUUUAAAAGUUACUUAUAAAUGUUGUUAAAGCUAUUGAUCGCCCCAACAAAACUAAAGAAUUUUAAAAUACAAUAUGAAUUUUGAUAAACUACCUCUUAAUAAUAUGGACAGUAUUCUAUCUAUAACCAUGUGAUGGUUAAAUUGAAAAUAGUUGGUUUAUGAACAGUUGAAAUUGCAAUAUGAAGUGUUUAUGUUAUUUACUGUUUAGUACCUGAUGGUGUUGUACAAGUCAUUUAUUUGUUUACAUUGUUAUCUCAUUAUUUUUUAAAGCAAGUCAUAAUCAGAAUAUACACAUUUCACGUGUGAAAUCAACUGUGUACUUUAGUAAUUUGUUUGCAUUUAAUAUAGGUAAAUGUUAUUAUGUAGUUGGAUAUUAUUGUUAAUUACAGAGUUGGAAGAAUGGAUUGCUAACUGAAAUCAAAAAGCAAAAUAAAGAUUGUACCUAUGUAUAAGGGUUCAGGAUAAUUCGGUUAAUAAUCCAUUCAAUUAACUCAACAAAUGUUGAGAAUAGAUGUAUUCAAUGUUAGAUUAUAGUAACUUAGUGCAAUUCUGCUAAAAACAUUUAAAUCAAUGUUGAGUGCCGGCUUUUUAGCGCGGCAUCUGCAUAAUAUUUUAUUAUUUGAUACAAUUACAUUCCCAGGCCUAAAUAAUUGGUCAUACGUUUAAAAUUUAGGGUGCCAAAUUUUUCAGAUUUAAUAGCAUAAUAUAAAAAAAAAGUAAAGGUCGCGGGAAGAGCCUGGAUGCGGGCAGCGCAGGACCGUUCAUUGUGGAAAACCUUGGGGGAGGCCUUUGUCCAGCAGUGGACGUCAUUUGGCUGAAACGAAGACGAACGAUAAAAAAAAACAUACCUACUACAAAUUAUUCGGUAAAUUGGCUAUUGGUCAUCAUAAUGGUUUCUUUGACAAUCAUUUUAUUAACUUUGCCUGUUUUUAAAUUGUUUUACUUUAUAUAUUUUAAUUAUUAUGACUGUGCAUGGAAUUGUUCAGCUUGCCAAUGCAAUGAAUAUUACUAAUAAUAUAAAUAAACUAAGAUUAAUCAAAUUCUUUGUGUGUAAGAUCUCUGAACUAACAUAAAACUUAUAAUAAUUAUAUCAAUAGUACCUUCUCUUAAAACUGUAUUAGAUACAAGUCACAAGCGACAUAAUUACUAGACAUUUUCGAUGAAUGUUUAUGCCUACUUGGCUUACCUUCAACAAUUUCACAAAAUAAAUAAUGGACUGUGAAGACCACUAAAACAUGUUCUAAAGCCAUGUUUUUGAUGUUUAGAUUUUAACUCCUCUAUAAAUAAAUUAUUGAUGUUGUGGUGCACAGGGUGUUUGGCUAUUCUAGAGGUGUAUAAUUUUAUAUAAGUUUAGUUAAGAAAUUGAUCGAAAUUCAUUUCAUUUUUUUUUUAAUGUAAGAAUACUGGAGUACCUAUAGAUAAUUAUUUGAAAUGGGUGUUUGCGGAUUUCGAAAAUUUCACUUUUUUAAUCGUACCUGUUACAUGGACCUGUAUUUUUAUAGGUCCAUAAUCCGUUAUUAUGUAUUUGCUUACUAUACCUACAUUUCCAGAAUCUCACAUCCGAGCACCCUGUAUAUGUUUUAGAGUUUAGACAAUAUGAUUGUCUUUAAAUACUCGUACUUAGACAAUUCAGUGGCAUAAAUGUAAAUACUAAAUACCUAAGUUAUAAAAUAUUAAUUUGUUUAAAAUAUGAUCAAUUAUCUAAUACACAGUUUUGCUUUUUUAGCUCUACGUGGCCUGUAAGGAGAUUGAAGAAGUUACUUGUUUAGUAUAAGAUUAACUGCCUAUUUAUUAUAUUUGUGGCUUAUUUUCGUGAAUAAUCCAAAUAAAUCAUCUUCAUUUCGAUGUUGAGUUCUAAAACCAUUCCAUAAAGAAUUAGCAACUGUG